UCGCGUGCGCAGCUUACAUAUAACACUGCACCUCCUACUUGCUACCUACCUACCUACCUACCUACCUACCCGUCAGCUCAGCUCAGCUCAGCUCAGCUUACCCUCCAGCAUAUAUACACGCGCCUGCCAACUACCACCCUCCUCUCCCUCACGCAAUUCUCGCUCUUACAUACAUCUACAUGGCUUCAAGUUUGUACACAGUAUCCUAAAGCCUCUCCUUUUGUUUUUUUCUUUCCGCAAACAAACUGCUCGGAAGGAGAGAGAGAUACCCGUCCCAUGUUGCCGCUACCGUCAUGUCGCUGUCGUCCCAGGAGCGCGAGUUUGCGAUAAAGAGCGGGCUGUACCGGGGCCGGCGGGCGCUGCGCUCGAGGGGUUCGGCGACAGGGGGCGAGAAGGAGGAGGAGGAAGGGCGGGAAAAGGAGGAUGCAAAGGUCGCGCACUCGUAUAAUGUCGCGCUGACGGAUGCGACGGAGCGGCAGAAGCCCUCGCCGUGGACGCGGAAUAUGUUUUCGCUGUACGCGUGUCUGCUGCUGGCGACGCUGAAUAGCUGCAUUAAUGGCUAUGAUGGCUCGUUGAUGGCUGGGAUAAACACGUAUGAGCAGUACCGUGUUUACUUUAAUUUCCCGAUUGAUAAGGGCACGCCGUCGACGGGGAUUGUGUAUGCUAUAUACACGAUCGGGAACCUGCUUGGGUCGUUUGCUGCUGGGCCUGCGACGGAUUUUCGAGGCCGCAAAUGGGGCAUGUUCAUCGGCUCCGCCGUCAUCGUCCUCGGCACCGCCAUCCAGGCAACCUGCACCCACCUCUCCCUCUUCAUGCUCGGCCGCUUCACCCUCGGCUUCGGCGUCGCCAUCUGCGCCUCCGCCGGGCCCGCCUACGUCUCCGAAAUGGCCCACCCGAGCUACCGCGGCACAAUGACAGGCAUCUACAACACAUUCUGGUUCCUCGGCGGCAUCCCAGGCGCCUUUGUCCCCUUUGCCACCUCCACACUCCCCGGGACCGCAUCCUGGCGCCUGCCCAUCUGGCUGCAGAUUGUCUUCUCCGGGGCCGUGCUGCUGGGCAGUCCGUUCCUCCCCGAGACGCCGCGCUGGCUGAUUGCGAACGAUCGGCAUGAGGAGGCGCUGGAUGUGAUGGCGCGGUUUCACGGCGAGGGCUGUCGCGACAGUCCGAUCGUGCAGCUCGAGUACAAGGAGAUGGUCGAGGACAUCAGCGUCACGGGCGCGGACAAGCGCUGGUGGGAUUACCGGGAGCUGUUCGACUCGCGGGAGACGCGCUACCGGACGCUGCUUGUCGCGGCGAUGGCGGUCUUCGGGCAGUGGUCUGGCAACGGGCCGGUCUCGUACUUCUACCCGACCAUGCUGCGCGGCGCCGGGAUCGAGGGGAAUAACAUCCGGCUGCUGUACAACGGGAUGCAGAACAUUGUGUCGUUUGGCGGCGCGAUGGUCGGGGCCGUGUUUACGGAUCGCUGGGGCCGGCGGCCGCAGUUGCUGGUGUCGACGUUUGUGAUUGUCGUGCUGUUUGCUGCCAUUGCGGCGCUGAACGCGACGAAUCUGCGGACUGACGGCGUGACGGGCGCGUACAUUACGCUUGACGACGGGACGAUUGCCGUGCAGCGCCCUGCGCAGGCAAAGGCCAUCAUCGGCCUGAUUUUCAUCUUCGGAUUCGUGUACUCGGCCGGCUACACACCACUGCAAGCACUCUACCCGGUGGAAUGUCUGCGCUACGAGAGCAGGGCGAAGGGGAUGGGGUUCAACAAUUUCGUGAUCAAUCUGGCCGGGUUCUACAAUACUUUUGUGACGGAGAUUGCGUUUACGGGGGCCGGGUGGAAGUACUAUAUCCUGUUCAUCGGCUGGGAUAGUCUGGAGUUUGUGUUUAUUUAUUUCUUCUUUGUGGAGACGCGGAGGCGAACUUUGGAGGAGUUGACGGAGAUUUUCUGUGCGCGGAAGCCGGUCAGGGCGAGUCUGAGUCGGACGGCGGUGUUGGUGCGGGAUUCGGAGGGGGUUAUGGGGGUUUUGGAUGAGUGA